CUCCUCAAGAUGGUAGACUACCUGGCUAACACCGAGAUCAACAGUCAACGGAUUGCCGCGGUGGAAAACUGCUUUGGGACAUCCGGCCAGCCCUUAGCUGUGCCAGGAAGGGUCCUUUUGGGUGAAGGGAUUUUGACCAAGGAAUGCCGUAAGAAAGCCAAGCCCCGAAUUUUCUUCCUUUUCAAUGAUAUCCUGGUGUACGGCAGCAUCGUCAUCAACAAACGGAAGUACAGCUGCCAGCACAUCAUCCCGCUGGACGAAGUCACGCUGGAGAUUCUGCCGGACACCUUGCAAAUGAAGAACCGAUGGAUGAUCAAGACCUCCAAGAAAUCCUUUGUGGUUUCGGCGGCCUCGCUGACGGAGCGCAAAGAGUGGGUCAGUCACCUGGAAGAAUGCAUCCGCCAUCUUUUGUCCAAAACGGGACAGCAGCCCCCAACCGAAUAUGCAGCCCCUUGGAUUCCCGAUAAGGCAACCGAUAUCUGCAUGCGUUGCACCCAUACCAAGUUCUCGGCACUCAUCCGAAGACACCACUGUCGAAAGUGUGGCUUUGUGGUGUGCGGAGACUGUUCCCGCCACCGUUUUCUCAUGCCUCGUCUGUCCUCCAAGCCGUUGAGGGUUUGCAAUUUUUGCUACAAGCAGCUGAUGGCCAAAAAGAAGGAAUCUGGAGACGAGGCAAAGCCAGUUCAUUCUUCUCUGCCUCCCUAUGAAGUUUCUAGUGGGGAUGACAGUGACCGGUCCGAUGAAGAGAAACUCGAACAGUGGCCUGCCGAGACAGAAUUUUACACCUCGGAUGUGAGCUGGUCAUCUUUCCACAGUUGAUUGCUCCAUGGACUUCUUCUCUUUAAAGGCUGUCGUCCUUUUGGAAAAUGACAGAGAAGACUGGGUCUUUAAGGGACUGGUGAGAGGACUAACUUUGUAUUCCACUCCAUCAGUUUUUUGUUUUAUGAAUAACGGAGAAAAACUAUCCUCAAGCCAAUACAUCAACUUUUAAUUGGGUCCUCUAAGACUGAGUCAUUCUUCUUGAAGCUCCAAAUCGGAUUAAAAUAUAUUGGUGUGUUUUCAGAAAAUGUUGGUUCUUUGUAUUUAAUUUUGAAGAUAGUCAGCACUCAUCAAAUGUUGAAUUUCCAUCCUGAGAAUUCAACAAAAUAUUCCCGAGUUGGGUUUAUUGAAGAAAUCCAGUUUUUAUAAAACCAAAACCUAAAACACAAGUUCUGGAAUUCCAGAAAUCAAAACGAUAAUUUCCAGAAGAUCACCCAGCCUUGAAAAUGGAGGGCACUUCUUAUGAAGCACUAAAUGGAAGUUAUUUGAUGAAAUUUACAAUAGUAUUACAUUUCAAAAACUAAGCUGUGUAUUUAAUUUUUUUAGAUCAACCUGAGAACAAGAAGAAUUAAAAACUGAGGUUGGUUUGACUGCUUUUAAGUUAAUUUAAAAAAAGUUUGGGGAACUGGGUAUAGAUAUUUGGGGUCCUUUUCUAGUUUAUGCUCAUACAAUCCAUGAUACUGUGGUUUGUUUAAUGCAUUUUUCGCUUGAAGUGUUUUUUAACUCAACCAGUAAACCAAAGCUUAAUGCAAUUUAGGAAUACAACUAGUGACUUGUUUGUGAGAAGCAGGGAAUUUUGAUAACUAGUGAUCCUUUAUCACACAAAGCAGAUGUGUCUUAGAACACUAAAAUAGAAGUCGGAUAAACAGAAAAGUGAUUUGUUGGCAGUAUUGAAUUAUAUUUAUGGGAAAGAGCCAAUUAUUUUUAAUAAGAUCAACAUAAAUUAUGUUUUUAACAUGUGCUACUUCCUGAUAAAAUAGUACCUCUC